AUGCUCACCACUCGCCCAGGGAACAAUAUCCUCGAAGGCAAGACUACCCCAGAGACGGCACAAUAUGUCGACAGCAAUGAUCUCCGAACAGCAUUUGCAGCUCGCAUGUCAGCGAUGUACAAGGCCGAAGUGCCUCUGUACGGUGACUUGGUCCGCAUUGUAUCUGAAGUCAACCAAAAAGUGAUGACUAGCAAUCCUGAUAUCGCUGGCAACGAUAGUGCCGAGAGAUUAGGAGUUGAACGACAUGGAGCGAUACGUGUAGGGACUCCAGAAGAGCUGCGUAACAUUCGACGCAUUUUUGAAGUCCUUGGCAUGCGUGCUGUGGGAUAUUACGAUCUCUCCGUUGCUGGACUGCCCAUGCAUGCGACUUGCUUUCGACCUACAGACGCAGAAGCCUUGGACAAGAAUCCAUUCCGUGUCUUCACGACAUUACUACGCCCUGAACUCUUAACUUCCGAAAAGGCGAGGAAGUUAGCUUUGUCUUUAUUGCAAAAACGUAACAUCUUUACGGAUCGCCUACUAGAGAUCUUGGACUCCAUCGACCGCCAACAAGGCCGACUUAUCGUCAGUCAAGCCGAUAUUUUCAUCACAGAAGCUCUGAAAACAUUCAUAUGGCACGACACAGCCGCCGCAACUUCCGAAGAAUACUUUACACUCAAGAACGAGCACCCGAUACUAGCAGACAUCGCAUGCUUCCGAAGCUCACACAUCAACCAUCUCACACCCCGAGUUUUGGACAUCGACAUCGCUGAUACUGCUAUGAGGACUGCCGGCAUGGCUGUGAAAGACACAAUCGAAGGACCGCCCAAACGAAAAAACCCAAUCCUUCUGCGCCAAACUAGCUUCCUAGCCUUAGAGGAAAGCGUCAAAUUUCCCACAAGUUGUCAGAACGACGCCCUCAUCACUGGACACCAUAAAGCGCGCUUCGGAGAGAUCGAAGAACGAGGAGCUGCCUUGACGCCGAAAGGUCGAAAUUUAUACGAUAAAUUGCAUGCCGAAGCUGCGCGGAAAACGGCACUGAUUUCUGGAACCGUGGCAAAAGAAAACACACGACGUGCAGCCUUCACAGCCUUCCCCGAUGCUUGGAAUGAGAUGCGGAGGCAAGGACUUGUAUAUUCUCGCUAUCGCGUGAAGAAGUCUGCACAAACUUUUGAGACUACGGGACCUGACCUCGAGAUGUGGAUUGAGAGAGGAGUGAUUGAAGCCCUGCCGAUAACUUAUGAGGACUUUCUGCCAUUCUCUGCAGCCGGGAUUUUCCAGUCUAACCUUCAGACUGAGGCGCAGGCGUCUGAUGUUUCGCGUGGCGACGGGGAUCUAAAGGGUUUGGAAGCGGCGCUUGGGUGUUCAGUUGUUUCGGCUGAGGAGUUGUAUGCCAGGAUUGAAGAGAAAAGUAUCCUUCAAUGCCUAGACGAGCUUCAAAGGUUGCGUUUAUUAGCAUCGGACGAGGAUAUAGUACGAUAA